UUUUUUUUAAAAUGAAUGAAAAUAUACCAUUAGUUGAUGUUUCCUGUCUUUUAAAGUACAGUAAAUGUCAAUUUAAAAAUGAUGAUUUUAUUGGUGAUAAAGAAAUCCAAUCUCUAGCAAAAAUAUUGUUUGAUUCAUUUUCAAAAUGGGGAUUUGUGUAUUUAACAGGACAUACUAUUGAUCAAGAGGAAAUUGACCAAACCUUCAAAGAUGCAAAAACAUUUUUUGAACUUGAAAAUCAUAUAAAAGAGCAAUUCCUUCGAACAAAUGACCAAAACUUUGGUUAUGUCCCAUAUAAAUUUGAGACAUUUGAAAAAGACCGUCCAUUUGAUUUAAAAGAAUGCUUUCAGUUUCAAAGCAAUUUUAGUCCAAACUCAGAGUUGUUAAGGAAUUUGUGCUCAAGUUUUGUUCAAUCGAAAUUUUACAAAUCUUGUGAGCAGUUUACUUAUUUAUUAUUAAAACUUUUUGCUUUAUUUCUUAUUCCAGAUGAUGUUGAUUUUUUUGUCUCAAAACAUCACCUUAGUGAUGCCACCCGAAAUCCAACUACUUUACGGUUGUUAUAUUACCCAUCUUUACCUGACCAUAGUUGCAUUGCAAGUAAUCAAUUGCGCUGUGGCGAGCAUUCUGAUUAUGGAACAAUUACACUUUUAUUUCAAGAUAAUGCAGGUGGAUUGCAGGUUGUCUCUCCAUCUGGAAAUUACAUUGAUGUAACACCUAUUCCAGGAAGUGUUGUUGUUAAUUCUGCAGAUAUGAUUGAAAUAUGGUCUUCUGGAAAAUUAAAGUCAACACGACAUAGAGUUGUAAUACCUAAUUGCCACGAAAAAGCAAGGCAAUCACUUGCAUUUUUUGUUCAUCCUGAUGAUGAUAUAAGAGUUUUUCCUUUAGAUGGAUCAAAAGAUUUUACAAGUAUCAAUCCUAAAGAAUAUUUAAUAAAGAAGUUCAGUGAAACUUAUUAAAUUAAAAAAGAUUUUGCAUGUAUCAAUCCUAAAGAAUAUUUAAUAAAGAAGUUCAGUGAAACUUAUUAAAUU